AAAAAAAGGCAAAGCAAUAACAAAGGUAAUAAUGUCGGCGCCUCAGCGACCCAGAGAUAUCAGCAAGGUGGCUCGAGGCGAGCAAGCCCCAAGGCCCGUUCACGAAUACGGCACCGUUUCGAAGCCUCCGCCGCCUUCUUCCUCCUCCUCCGCUUCCUCCGCCCAGACCAACCUUGACGGUAACGGCAAUCACCGCCACGGUGGCAAAGACGAAUACGGUAAGGUGGUGGUGGAAGAGGGAGUAGAGACGGCACCAAAUGAUAUGCGGUUUCCUUUCACCAACCAAACACGGCACUGUUACACACGCUAUUUGGAAUACCAUAGCUGCCUACAGAAGAAGGGGGAACACGUGCCUGAAUGCGACAAGUUCGCCAAAUAUUACCGUUCUCUAUGCCCCGCUCAAUGGAUUGAGAAAUGGAACGAGCAAAGGGAGCUUGGCAUCUUCCCUGGUUCGAUAUAAAGUUGUUAAGGUUGUGUUUGAAUAAAGAAUGAAUAGUACCAGUCGAAGCAGUUUAUUCUCAAGAAUUUACGUCCAUACUUCUUUCCCAACUUAGGUUUUUAAGUAGUUUAGAGUAAGAAAUGUAGCUCGAUAAGCACGCACGUUCUACUGCUGAGUUAGUAGCACGUCAGG